AUGCUGACUGCGGCCAGCCUCGAGUCCCUGCUCCUGCAGAUGCUGGACAAGCUGGACUCGCCGUCCUCAGCCAGUGGACGCCAUCGAGGACGCCAACGCGGCGGCGGUGGCCGUUUCUCUCUUCGCGCCGAGAUUCGGACGCUGGACCUGUGGCGCGCCGUGGUGGGCGAGUGCCUGGCCACCUUCUUCUACGUGUUCCUCGUGUGCGGCGCGCACGUGUCGUGGCCCGGAUACGCCGAACCUUCGGUGCUGGCCAUCUCGCUCGCGACUGGAGCCGCGGCGGCGGCAGUGGUGCAGUGCUACGCGCGCGUCUCCGGCGCCCACAUGAACCCGGCCGUGACGCUGGCGGCAUUCGCGACGCGCAAAGUGAGUUCGCUCCGUGCCCUGCUCUACGUGACGGCCCAGUGCGGAGGGGGCAUCGCCGGAGCGGCCCUUCUCUACGGCGUCACGCUUCCUGGUCAUCGGAGUUCUCUGGGAAGCAGCCGUCCCCACGAGGCACUGGGCGCCUGGCAGGCGUUCGGCGUCGAAUUCGUGCUCAGUUUCCUCCUCGCCUCAACGGUGUUCGCCACACGAGAUCCCACCGGUGCCACCUGUACGGGAGGCGCGGACGCACUGGUCGUCGGGUUCGCCUACCUCACCUGCACCUUGGCCGGGCUGCCAGCUUCGGGGGCUUCGUUGAACCCAGCUCGUUCUCUUGGCCCAGCAUUCGUCAUGAACAAGUGGAAAAAUCACUGGGUGUACUGGUUCGGACCCGUGGCCGGAGGCCUGCUGGCCGGUCUCAUCUACGAGUACAUCUUCGACACGAGGAGAUCUAGCCGGGAAGUGGGAAGGCGGAGCGUCGAGGAUCCUGACAAAGAGUACCGGCUGGAAGACGACUACGAGGAGUCGUCCGGCUCGAAGAGCGCCAAGUACGCGACCGUAUCGCAGAGCCUGAACGGAGGGGUCGCCUCCGGGAGCACGGCGCGACACGCCCGCGCAGCGAAGGCCGUCCGCCAGCAGCAGCAACAGCAGCAGCAGGCCCAGCAGUACGACGCCAGCUGCUUCGGCAGGCCCUCUGCGAACACCUAUUCGCCCACGCCGUCGCUGGCCUUUCCGUCUUCCACCGAGGCGGCCUACGCGAGCACGCUGGCGGCCGCAAACUGCACGGCGCAGAUCUACGACCUGGAAAUGCCUUCCGGUCACUUUCGGCGCGCCUGGAGUACGGAUAAGGAUCUCGACCUCCAAGACUCCAAGCUGUAUAUAUAA